UUUACGCACAUUACAAAUUUAUUUUGGAAAAAAUUGCUGAUGUGACACAAAAUUUCGCGCAUGCGUGCUGACGAAAAUACAUCAGCUGUCAACGUUGCGUCAUUUUUAUAAACACGUGUAGUUUGAUUUGAGAAAGCUUUACAAGAUGUUUUUAUAGUAUUUAUUUAUUGUGUGUACGAAUUUCGGGUUAAAAUGGCUCGUGAUGUGGGGUUGGAUGGGAUAUUGGAGGAGAUAGGACCGUUUGGGAGGUACAAUGUUAUGAAUUAUGCGUUACUUCUGUUUCCAAUAUAUUUGGCGGGAAUGUAUGGUUCAGUGUAUGUGUUUGAAGCAUCGGAUAUCGGAUAUAGAUGCAACAUAACCCAAUGCGAAGGUCUUAACACAUCAUGGCUCGACUACGCUAUACCCAAGCACAAGAAUGGACCCUCUAGAUGCAAGCAGUAUGUACCAAGAGAGAACGCAAAUGAUACAUGCAGUAAGGACUCGUUUGAAAACAUUGAGAUGGAUUGUGAAUCGAUUGUUUAUAAUGAUGAGGAUUCCGCUGUUAGAGAUUUUGACCUCGGAUGCCAAAAUUGGAAAAGGACUCUAAUAGGCACGUUUCACAAUUCCGGGCUAUUCAUAUCUCUUCCACUGACAGGAAUCAUAUCAGACAAGUAUGGUCGUAGAUUAGCAUUAUCUGUUGCUUCCCUCAUGAACGGCAUCUUUGGCUUUCUCAGAUCUUUCUCCACUAGUUACACUAUGAUGGUCAUUUUUGAGUUCCUCGAAGCGGCUCUAGGUGCUGGAGCUUAUAGUACCGCGUUUGUUAUUGCGAUGGAACUGGUUGGACCAAAAGGAAGAGUGUUCGGCAAUACCCUGAUCAAUGCAGUGUACGUGCUAGGUCUCAUGACGCUAGCCAGCCUGUCAUGGUACCUGCAAAGCUGGAGGACUCUCCUAAGAAUAAUAUACAUUCCAGCCAUGACCGUGUUCUCGUAUCUGUGGCUUCUUAACGAGAGCGUACGGUGGCUGAUCAGCAAAGGAAGACAUCAAGAAGCAACUGCAAUAUUAAAGAAGGCAGCAAAAAUGAAUAAAGUUGUCUUGUCCGAUCAAGUUCUGACUCCCCUUUACGAAUUGGACAAACUCUCCAGUGAUCCAGAUAACGAGAAGUCCAAAGAAGACUUAGUGGAAGAAGAAAAAGAAUCUAUGUUUAUGCGAGUAAUAAAAUCGAGUAUUAUAAGGAAAAGAGUGGCUGUGUGUUCGUUUCUGUGGAUUACAUGUACGUUUGUGUAUUACGGGUUGUCUAUAAACUCAGUGUCGUUGGCUGGGAAUAAAUAUGUGAACUUUAUGUUAGUGGGUUUUGUGGAGAUACCCGCGAACUUCGUGUGUUUGCUAGUGUUGGACAGAUUCGGGAGGAAGAGGGUGCUAGUCAUUACGUAUGUGCUGAGCGCAUGUUUGUGCAUCAGCCUGUCAUUUUUGCCUAAAGGUCAGAAAUGGUGGUCCCUAGUUCUAUAUCUUUCUGGAAAAUUCUCGAUCACAGUAGCGUACAGUUCCGUGUACAUCUACGUGUCUGAAGUGUUCCCGACCAGUGUGAGGCAGUCUUUACUGGCUGUAUGCUCCUCGCUUGGCAGGGUUGGGUCGACGCUGGCGCCUUUGACUCCACUGCUUGCGCUAUACUACGACAAUCUGCCCGCCAUAUUCUUCGGCAGUUUAGCCUUAGUGGCCAGCGUGCUGGUCUUCUCACUACCAGAGACAAUCAACCAGCCUCUCCCCGAUACAAUAGAAGACGCCGAAAGACUUUCCCAGAGGAAACACCAAAAAGAAAGUGCAUAAUAGAAUAAUAACGAAAUAAAAUAAAAUAUAGUUAUAAAAACACGCUUAAACUUAUGAAAUAAUUGUAUUGUCAUCGAUCCUUGAUAAUGUAAAUUUUGAAUUAAAUCUGUCCGUUUAAAGCGGGACAAAAUCGAAUCUUAAGGAGUCGGUUAGAUACGCACCGAAGCUA